AUAUUCGAAACUGUGGAAAAUGAACCUGUUAAUAUUGAAGAAUUGGCUUUCAAGUUUGCAGUCACCAACAUUAAUAGAAACAGAACACUGAUGCCUAAUACCACAUUAACCUAUGACAUCCAGAGAAUUAACCUUUUUGAUAGUUUUGAAGCCUCAAGAAGAGCGUGCGACCAGCUCGCUCUUGGUGUAGCUGCUCUGUUUGGACCAUCCCACAGCUCCUCUGUCAGCGCAGUGCAGUCCAUUUGCAAUGCACUUGAAGUCCCACAUAUUCAGACCCGAUGGAAGCACCCUACAGUGGAUAACAAAGAUGCAUUUUAUAUCAACCUCUAUCCAGACUAUGCAGCCAUCAGCAGAGCAGUUUUGGAUCUUGUACUAUACUACAAUUGGAAAAUAGUAACAGUAGUGUAUGAAGACAGCACAGGUCUAAUUCGCCUGCAAGAGCUCAUCAAAGCCCCUUCUAGAUACAACAUUAAAAUCAAAAUCCGCCAACUUCCUUCUGGGAAUAAAGAUGCUAGGCCUUUACUCAAGGAGAUGAAGAAGGGCAAGGAGUUCUACGUGAUAUUUGAUUGCUCACAUGAAACGGCAGCAGAAAUCCUCAAGCAGAUCCUCUCCAUGGGAAUGAUGACUGAAUACUACCACUACUUUUUUACCACACUGGAUCUAUUUGCAUUAGACCUGGAACCCUACAGGUACAGCGGAGUAAAUAUGACAGGGUUUCGCCUGCUCAACAUUGACAACCCCCAAGUUUCAUCAGUCAUUGAGAAAUGGUCAAUGGAGCGUCUGCAGGCACCACCGAAACCAGAGACUGGCCUCCUCGAUGGGAUGAUGACAACUGAAGCAGCUCUGAUGUAUGAUGCUGUUUACAUGGUAGCAGUGGCCUCCCAGCGUGCCUCCCAAAUGACUGUCAGCUCCCUGCAGUGCCACAGACACAAGCCGUGGCGUUUUGGACCCAGAUUUAUGAAUCUGAUAAAAGAG